AUGCUCCGCGGCAUGCUGCUGCUGAUCUUCCUUGUCGCCUCCGUGCCUUUUGGGACAGCGAAGCCAAAGCGUGGCCGGCCACGAAUUCCUCGUGAAUGGCAGUUGUCCGAACUAGAGGGUGAGCCAGAUGGCGACCGCUGCAAAUUGACCGGCCAGAAGCACUUGCACUUGCUGGCGCCAGCAACCGCCUGCUGCUACAGCAGGAUUGUGAAGAACAGUUCCUGCUGCAUGGACCAGGACAUCGCCUCUGGGGUAAAGCAGAAGUCCUUUCAGAGGAAAGGCGCAACCUGGGAUUGCAAUGAAGACAACUGCUGGGAUGAGCUGCAGGGCUUGAGGGGCAGAGACACCAUGUGGAUACCUGACGGUGCGACCUGCUCGACCCCUAGGACGCUCUACACCCACGGAGGCAGCUGGAUGUAUGGCUCACCCACCACCGACUCCUAUGCCCAGCUGGGGUCUCGACUGGCCCAGGUCACCGGCUCUGUGGUCAUGCUCCAUGAUUACCCGCUGGUGCCGGCAGGCAACUAUACUACCAUCCUUGAGUGGGCAAUCACUGCUUUGCAAUGGCUCUCCAAAAAUGGCCCUGUUGAUGGCUGCAAAGAGGAAGUGCCCCUGUUUGUCGGUGGAGACUCCUCUGGUGGCGGCACGACGCUGUCAUUGGUACUGACCCUUCAGAGGAGGCCUCACCUACUGAGCCAGAAGUUGGCGGGUGCCUUUCUCUUCAGCCCAUGGACGAACCUCAUGUGCAACACGCCGGAGUACUACACCAAUGCGUUUUCCAGAAUCCAGGGGCAGGGCAAAUUUAAGGAUGACUCUGAGCUGACUAUGUACACUGGGGACAUCAUGUUCCAGGAGAUCACGCCUGAGAAUGCAGACGCCUUUUCAGGCAAUGCGGUGGACUACCUUGGAGGUUCUGCUGAACUGCAAACAGACCCUGUGGCGUCUCCCUUCUUCGCGCACCCGGCAGACUUCGCAGGCGACAACAUGCCGCCCUUGUACUUUGCCGUGGGUGCUUCUGAAUCCAUUCUCGGGGACUCCGUGCAUGUGGCGCAGCGCGCUGCCCAGGGCGGGUCAGACGUGAUCCUGGAGGUUUACCACGCAAUGUGGCACGUGUUCCCCAUGUACUCGGAAGGCUGUGGCCUGGGGCAACCACUCUGGUCAGCCGCGAAUGCCUUGAACCAGACGGGGCUCUUCGUGCGCCACAUCUACGAAACCGGCAGGCUCCCGUACCAGAUGAAGCUGGAGGGUCCACAUGGCGGACCCCCUGAAUCCAGCAUCCUUGCGAGCUUCUGGAAGCCGGGAAAGAGCAAGGUGCCUGUCUUCAGGUACCUCUACGAUCCUGAAGUAAAGCAAUUUGCGAAAGUGGGAGAACUCAUGCCCCAAACGGACGCCGAGUACGGCUACAAGGACAUGAUCAAGAGCCUUGCAAAGCAAUCGCCGUGGCUUGUCCUUCCGUCCAUAACAGGCGCCGCUGCUGGAAUCUUCUUCCUUGGCUUCUGCCUGGGCGGAGUGACUGAGUAUAGCGGCGAGCGAGCAGUGCAACGCUUCACGAAGGUCCGACAGUUCAGGCGGCGCGAAGAUGAGCUUCUCCGCGCGGGCACAGCACCGGACCUUGUGGCGCCGCUGAUGGAAAUUGAAAAGACGAGCAGUCGGCUGCGCAGCAGGCCGAGCUUCAUCCAGGACUUUGUCAAGGGCGUGCCCGAGAGCAAAGGGGAGAAGCUUUGA